AUGUCAAUACGAAAGCGCAACGAGUUUCUUGAGGGAGAUGACAGUGAUGAGGAGGUCGACCACGGCUUCGAAUCGGAAGAGGAACAGGGAAGAGGCGCGAUUGGAAGACAUACACACAAGCGGCGCAAAACCGAAUCGGAUUCAGAAGCGUCAUCUGGGGACAACCCAGGCGAUGAGGAUGCAGAAGGCGAGGGAGUGAAAAUUGCAAAGGCUUCGUCGUUUGGUGAUGCGCGAUUCGACAUCUCCAAAUUCGACAAAGAGGACGAGAUCCAAGAUGCGCCGCAAGAUGACGACGAGGACGAUGAACGAUCCGAUCACGACAGAAUCAAGCCCACCAAACCCAUCAAGAAUCGCGCGGAGAAAGAGGCAGCGAAGGCGCAAAAGGCUGUGCGAAAGUCAGGCGUGGUUUACAUAUCUCGAGUGCCCCCGUUCAUGAAACCGCAGACCCUCAAGCACUUCUUGGAACCGCACGCAAGAAAGGGAAUAGGGCGCAUCUUUCUGACACCCGAGGAUCAUGUCGCACACUCUAAACGAGUAAAGAGCGGGGGCAACAAGAAGAAGUCAUUCACAGACGGAUGGGUGGAGUUCAAUUCAAAGACGGAGGCCAAGAUGGCAGCGGAGACUCUGAACGGCAACAUUAUCGGUGGAAAGAAAGGGAACUUCUACCAUGAUGACCUAUGGAACAUGAAAUAUCUCAAAGGUUUCAAGUGGCAUCACUUGACGGAACAGAUUGCGAAUGAGAAUGCUGAGCGUGCCGCGCGAAUCAGGGAAGAGAUUCGAAGAUCGAGGAAGGAGAACAAGGCUUUUGUGGAGGAUGUCGAGAGAGCGAAGAUGCUGGAAGGUAUGGAAAGUAAGAAGAAGGCCAAGCGGGAAAGAGAGCGCAAAUCCAGCGUGGCGGACGACCAAGCCAGCAAAAGCAAACAGGCCAGGGAGUUCAAACAACGACAAGCGCGGUAUCAGGAUGGCAAAACUGUGGACAAGGGACUGGUAACCAGUAGUGGUAGCGCUCUGCGGAAAAUUUUCUGA